AUGGGCGGGGCCUAUGUGAAUGAUGCCCUGGGGGGCGGGGGCGGGGCCUAUGUGAAUGAUGCCCUGGGGGGCGGGGGCGGGGCCUAUGUGAAUGAUGUCCUGGGGGGCGGGGGCGGGGCCUAUGUGAAUGAUGUCCUGGGGGGUGGGGGCGGGGCCUAUGAGAAUGAUGCCCUGGGGGGUGGGGGCUGGGCCUAUGUGAAUGAUGCCCUGGGGGGUGGGGGCGGGGCCUAUGUGAAUGAUGCCCUGGGGGGUGGGGGCGGGGCCUAUGUGAAUGAAGUCCUGGGGGGUGGGGGCGGGGCCUAUGUGAAUGAUGUCAUGGGGGUGGGGGUGGGGCCUAUGUGA